AUGACCGAUGCCCUCGAGGACCACCAUGGGACUGUCAGCAUUGAAGGGCGUACCAUCACCAACCUCCGUUUCGCCGAUGACAUCGAUGGCUUGGCAGGAAGCAAAGAGGAGCUGGCAAAUCUAGUGAACCUCCUGGAUAAAAAAUCAACCAGAUAUGGCAUGGAGAAAACCAAGAUCAUGACAAACUCCACCCAACCCAUCACUAAGAACAUCUUAGUGAAUGGACAAAAGCUGGAAGAGGUCCACCAGUUCAAGUACCUGGGUGCCAUCAUCAGUGAAGAGGGGUCCAGGCCUGAAAUCCUUGACAGGGCAGCACUAACAACAGCUGUGCUUGCCAAACUCAAGCCCAUCUGGAGAGACAGUAAAAUCAGUCUCAAAUCCAAACUCAAGCUACUGCAUGCACUGGUCAUGUCUAUCUUCCUGUAUGCUUGCGAAACAUGGACGCUGACAGCAGAACUAGAAAGAAAAAUCAAGACCGUGGAGAUGAGAUGUUAUCGUAGAAUCUUGGGCAUCUCAUAUAUGGACCACAUCACCAACGAAGAGGUCCAAAGAAGAAUUAAGGCACAAGGCCAUUAUGAAGACCUGUUGGCCAUCGUAAAAAGAAGAAAGAUGCGGUGUGGAGUAAUCUGCCCCAGGUUCCUCAAGCGUCAGUCUUCCAGCAAAGUGAACAACAAGGAGGGAUUCCAGCCCGGAGUCGUCAAGCUCUUGCGUUCCUGCCAAGCCCUGCAACCGCAAACUCAGUUUUCUCAAGCAUUUCCACCCAAGCAGCCAGUGGCACAGGCAGAGCCUCUUGACAAGUGUGCUGUAACUGAUUAUGAGCAGAUCCAAUGUGGACAACCUGGUAUCAGUGCUGCUGAGUGUGAUGCUAUAAACUGCUGCUUCAAUGGACAGCAGUGUUACUAUGGGAAAGCCGUGACUGUCCAGUGUAUUCGAGAUGGCCAGUUUGUGGUUGUGGUGGCUAGAGACGUUACACUGCCUUCACUUAGUCUGGAUACAGUCCGUCUGUUGGGUGGAAAUGACCCACCUUGUGCUCCAGUUGGGUCCACACCUACCUUUGCCAUUUACCAGUUCCCUGUCACUGCUUGUGGCACAAGCAUGAUGGAGGACAAUGGAUAUGUGGUGUACGAGAACCGAAUGACUUCAUCCUAUGAAGUGGGGAUUGGACCACUUGGUUCCAUCACAAGGGACAGUCACUUUGAGCUUCUCUUCCAGUGUAGGUAUUCUGGCACUGCUGUUCAAGCUCUGGUUGUGGAGGUCAACACUGUUCCACCACCUCCACCUGUAGCUGCUCCUGGACCCCUCAGAGUGGAGCUUCGCCUGGCAAAUGGACAAUGUGUCACUAAAGGAUGUGCAGAAGAGGAUGCUGCGUACACAUCCUACUACAGUGACGCUGAUUACCCUGUCACAAGAGUCCUACGACAACCUGUGUAUGUUGAGGUGCACCUUUUGGAGAGGACUGACCCCAAUAUUGUCCUGAUGCUGGGACAUUGCUGGGCAACAUCAACCCCUGAUCCCCUCAGUCUACCUCGGUGGGACCUUCUAGUUAAUGGAUGCCCAUACCAGGAUGAUCGUUACCUUACCACACUGGUUCCUGUGGAUGGCUCCUCUGGUCUUCAGUUCCCAACCCACUACAAGCGCUUCAUUGUGAAGAUGUUCACGUUUGUGGAUCCAGCAUCACUAGCUCCUCUGCAGGGAAUGGUCUUCAUCCACUGUAGUACAUCUGUGUGCCAUCCCUCUCCCUCUGGCUCCUGUGAGCAGAGCUGCUUCAGGCAAAAAAGGGGUGUUGUUGAGACUGUUGAGAAGGCUGUUGUUUCCAGUGGAGGCAUUUUUCUUUAUGUAAAUUAA